AUGAAAAAAGUUUACACAGUUCCAACCCCAAGGGAGUAGAAACCAAUAGUAUAACAAAAGAGUUAAUAGGAUAUUAUGAUCUAGUAAGGAUAAUUUGGUUAUGUUCCGGAUUAAGCUGCAAAAAAAGAAUAAGCUUCAAAGCCUUCUCGACCCUAUUUAAUAUUUAAACCACAGUUAGUGGAAGAGAUAGAUGAGAACAACAUGAAAAAGUUGAAGUUAUCUUUCCAAAACUCUAUAACUGACCUAUAAACUUUUGAAGAAUUAGCUUAAUUAUAAAACCAAAGAGAAUCCACUCCAAAUUUAAGCUAAACUCCUACAGAAAAGUCUAAGACUUUUGUCAGAAAGUCUAUGAGACACUUAACUCAGCUAUGA